AUGAGUUUAGUGAUUGCUUUGUUCUAUCAAGUCGCUGUCAACCAUACGAGCAGGCCACCUCAGGCUGGUGAGAGGAACGGGGUCGAUUACUACUUUUAUGAGUCCAAAGCCGCCAUGCAGGCCGACAUCGCUUCGGGAAAGUUUUUGGACGUGGUCGUUCAAAGCGACCACUUCUACGCCACUUCCUUGCAGUCUGUCGUAGAGGUGCUUCAAAGCGGCCGUAUCUGCAUCCUUGAUGUCAACAUCAUGACCAUCUACCGACUGCAGACGGCUGGUCUUCGUCCGAUUGCGAUCCUCUUGAAACCCGAAACAGUCAUGCAGUGGCGUGGCCUCCAGCGAAGACUGACGGUUGAUCAAGCGCGCAGGAUGCACGAGGCCUGCACCCGGAUGGAGUCCGAGCAUUGGUACCUCUUCACCGCUAUACUCAACUUAGAAUCGCUAGACGGUGCGAUUGCAUCGGUAAAUCGGAUUCUGCAGCAGCACAAAGGGCCCCGUGUGUGGCUUCCGGCUGACCAAACCCUCAGCAAUGUGGACAAGCACCUCCGUCCUGCGUAG